AUGCCAAUUCAGAAGGUUAAGGCUCGACAGAUUUUCGAUUCCAGGGGCGAGCCGACGUUGGAAGUCGAUAUAAUCACUGAUGUCGGGUUAUUGAGGUCGUCGGUGCCCUCUGUUCUGGUGCCGAACCCCAAUCAGGCGCAGGAAUUGAGGGACGGGAACGAAGCCAUGUACCACGGACGUUCGGUGUUCAGAGCAGUCGACGUGAUCAACAACGUAAUCGCGCCGCAACUGUUGAAAUCUAGGCUGGAGGCUUGUCAACAAAUGGAGAUAGACAGCCUGCUGAACAGACUAGAUGGGACUGAGAACAAAUCGAAACUGGGCGCUAACGCUAUACUCGGUGUGUCUGUUGCCUGCUGCAAAGCUGGCGCCGCAAAGAAGGGACUUCCGAUUUACAGAUACAUCGCAGAGUUAGCAGAAAAUGGAGAACUUUAUAUUCCAGUUCCAAGCUUCAAUAUGAUUAGUGGAGGACGACACGCGGGUAACACGAUACCUUGCCAAGAAUUUAUGAUUUUGCCUAUAGGGGCUGAAAGUUUCGCUGACGCGUUGAAAAUGGGAACGGAAGUGUACAAAGUGUUGGAGAAGAAGAUUGCCGCAGCUCAGGAAAUAAAUCUACCGCUUCCGGUUAGCGACGAAGGCGCCUUUACGCCAGAAUUCGAAGAGGAUCGAGAAGCAUUAAUGAUUUUGGACGAGUCCAUUAAAGACGCUGGAUACGAAGGGAAAAUAGUGAUUGCAUUGGACAUGGCGGCCAGUGCAUUUUACAAAGAAGGUGGUUAUGACCUAGCGUUCAAAACGGAAGAUUCCGAUCCCGACGACUACAUGGAGGCAGAGACCUUGAAGGAUCAAUAUUUAGAGUACCUAACAGAGUUCCCAUCCAUAGUUUCCAUCGAGGAUCCUUUCGACCAGGAGGAUUGGGAAGGUUGGUUAACGCUAGCCGAUCAAGACAUUCAAGUCGUCGCCGACGAUUUGACCGCGAUGAACAUCGAUCGGAUCGAGGAAGCAAUCGUGAGGCAAAUGGCGAACGCUAUGAUUCUGCGGAUGUCUCAAGUCGGCACAGUGACAGAGGUGAUCAAUUGCGCGAAGACAGCGCGGGUAAGCGACUGGGGAUACAUCGUGACAGCUUGUCAGGCGGAAACAGAAGAUAACUUUGUCGCUGACUUGGCAGUCGGUUUGUCAGCCGGUCAAUUUAAAGCUGGAGCACCUUGCAGAUCCGAAAGAACCGCUAAGUACAAUCAAUUGAUGAGAAUUGAAGAAGAACUUGGAAAGGAUGCUAAAUACGCUGGCCAAAAUUACAGAAAUCCUUUGGCUAAAUGA